GUGACUUUUGGGAAUAUUAUGUCAAAAUUUUGGGGCAUUUUGUCGAAGGUUUUAACUGAAUUUGAUUUAAUUGUCGUUUGCUAUGUAUUUGUGUAGUCCCCGCGACUAUGUUUCCUGGAGCCAAGGCCAUCGCCCUAAGACGGGACCUGGACGCCAUCUCCAUGUUCUACGAAGAACGCUCGCAAUCCCAUUGUCGCAAACAGUUCAAAGUGCUCGAGUACCCAAGGCCAGGGCAAUGUUUCGUCUUUCACGGAAUGAUUCCUCGGGCAUGUGAGCACUUUUCCAUAAACUUCCUCUCCAAGCCGCCAGACAAGGUAUACGAUGUGCUGCUGCAAGUGGGAGCCCGACUGCCCCAAAACUAUAUCACACGCAACUCACGCAUCCGGGAGAAGUGGGGUCCUGAAGAGAAUUCAUCGAACCUUAGCUUUCAGCUGAGCCGUGGCACGUCCUUUUGGAUGCAGAUCCUGCUGACGGAGAAUGUUUUCUUUAUAGCAGUGAACGGCUACCAUUAUGCGACAUAUACGCACCGUAUGCCCUACCGGAUGCUGGAAGCCGUAACGGUAAUUGGCGACGUUUCGGACCUUGUUAUCAAUAGUCACUUCGUGUCCGAGUAUCCUGUUCGCCUGACUCACUCCAUGCCGAAAACGAUAAAGGCGACUAACGAUGCUGGGGCAGCCAGAAUGGUAACAGAUGAUGAUAAAGCUGACUGGGAAAACGAAUCGCUUCUCCUGUCGGCCGCUGUGUCGACCAACGAUUUUCUCUUCCGUAAAGGCAUCAGCCUUCCCUUUUACGGAAAGGUUCCGAAAGGCUUUCCGCUGGAUGAAGGAAACGCCCUUCGGAUCGUUGGUCGCGUCUGCCUGAUGCCCCAAAGCUUUAGUAUCGCCCUUCAGGAAGGACAGCAGAUCUGGCCCCAGCCGCGAGUAUCUUUCUAUUUCAGUCCCAUUUUCCUGCAGAGCAGGCAUGACAAGAUCGGUAAGGCUGUGAUCAAACGGGCCGCCUACCAAAAUGGCAAUUGGGUGAAUUGCCAGGAGUCGCGCCUAAACACAACCCUCACGCCUGGCGGUUCGUUUGUCAUCGUAAUUGUGUGCCGCAGUGGAUACUACGAGCUAUUCGUCAACACAAAGUUGAUGCUGGAAUUCAAAUAUCAAAUGAACCCUCGCUGCGUCGACAUGGUAAACAUCCGGGGCGACGUCAAGCUCUGGGAAGUGGUCAUAGAGGGCAGCCAGGCCGGGCCAAAGGCAUCUAAAGGUCGUUCUAAUUUUCAUCGCUGGCGGCAACCUGAAAAGUCCACCGGCAAGUAAAAUAUGUGUGUUCACCUCGAGAUCAAUUAAUAUGCUACUGUUCGGAAAUGCAACCUGUCGAAAGGCAUGUUCUACAAAUUUAUAAGGGCCAUGUUGACUUCGUUGCAUCUAUUUGGGGAGGAGAACAGACGGAGACGGAGCGCAGGACUGCAAUGAUACCCAAAGCCUGCCUGUCACUCACUGUAUGCGCAGAUUUAUGAUUUCAUCUCUGCCAAACGCACACGCAUGCUCACAGAGUAAGUAUUUUGCGAUUCUGCAAUUAAAAUGGCCUAGGGUACUGCGCCGCGCUCCAACUCAUAAAUGUCAACGUGCUGUCGUCGUCAACUGAGCCAGAGAGCCAGAGCCAGAGGAAGAGGAGGAGCAGAGCCUGAGCCUGAGCGUCUGCCCAUAAUGGAUGGCAAAGCAGAAGCCGCUGCUUGAUAUCGAAGGGCCUCGGAAAUUGAUUAUUAAAAAUGAUAAUCGAUUAAGGACACAGCAUGGCCGGGCAGGCCAGAGUCGGCACUGGGCAUGCAGGCUGUCCUGAAUUGACGUUUAUGUCUACAUGUGUUUCUCAAGACAGUUGACAUUGUUUUGUCAUGGCCGGCAAAAAGCAGCCGCAGCAGCAGCAGCAUCAACAGCAGGAGCAACAAAAUAAGCCAGGCCGAAAACGUCCAGCCUGCAAAUAUUUCCCAAGGCUUGCCAAAGGAAGUAGCGAGCGUCUGCCAAGAAAAAAAAGUAUUAUUUAUGGUUCAAGUUUGUACGUGUCACGCAUGCCUCGGACCAUUUUGCUAAUGAAGUGGAUUACUGAUGCGACUGUGCCUCCAAAUUAGGUUUCCAUUUCGGAUGCCUUAUGGCCUGUGCCUACACACAAACACAUGUGUAUUUAUCAUUCGUACAUUUUUCAACAGAUGCCCAUAUACAAACCCAGCAGUCUAUUUUUAAUAAGUGUCUAUAA